CUUAACUCUCUCUUUGCUAUGACAAUAAAUUCUAAUAUGUUUCAAAAGUGGUCAAUUUGUGGAAAACAGAAUUACAUCUAAUCUUUGUUUUGAUUAUUAAUAAUUAAGUCGUUCUGUUCUGUUCUAUUCGACUCUGUUCUAUGUCCCAGGUCUGACUCCAGGUCGAUCAUUUAUUAACUUGAUUUAUUGAACAUUAACUUCCUGUCAGCGCCGACUUUAAACCACACCCUGUUCACACCGGGAUUAUUAAACCACGUGUUUGUGAUCGUGGUUUUCACUGAAUCAUGAAUCAGAACCGAACUGUAACAGAGGUUCGUUUGGUUCUGUUGACUAUGAGAGAUGUUUCUGGUGCGCACCAAAACGUUUUGUGGUGCAGAAACUUUUUCUUUGUCUUUUUUUUUUCCGUUGCACAGCAACCAAACAUUCAAUUAUGCGGAAAAGCGGGUUUGAGGAUUUCACUUCCUCGUGUUGGGUUUCAUCGAACUCUCCUCCCAGUUUUCACAGACAGAGACCGACAGAGAGAGACAGGAGUCCGGGCGGGAUCCCUGCUGCUGGGAUUGGUGACUGUUUCAGAUCUGGCUCCAAAUUCUGUCCUGACAAACUUCAACCACCUCCAUCUGAGGAGUGGGUGAGAGGGGGGAGGUGUGUGAGGAGCGGAUGGAGAGGCCCUGAGUGAAGGAGACUUCAUGGAGCUGAGAGAGAGAGAGCAGAGAGACAUUACCUGUGCGCACUUGUCUGUUGGACGGAACGUGGAAAAGGGGAAGUCGAGCGCACGGAGGAGACACAUCUUUACGCGCCCUCCCUCCUCCCUCCCUCCUCUCUCCCCCCUCUCUCUGUCUCCCCCUCGCUCUCUGAUCACCGACAUGUCGGCAAACGAGAGAUCAACUCGAGCGUUGAAGGAGAUCCUGCAGAAUCCGGGAAAUGACACCUGCGCGGACUGUGGAGCUCCAGCUCCUGGCUGGGGGUCCUGCUCUCUGGGGGUGUUCAUUUGUCUGGCGUGCUCAGGGAUCCACCGCAACAUCCCAGAAAUCAGCAAAGUGAAGUCCCUGAGCCUGUCACGGUGGGAGGACCAGGAGAUGGAGUUCAUGGCAGAGAAUGGAAAUGAGCUGAUGAAGAGUAAAUAUGAGGCUGCCGUUCCCAUCUACUACUACAAACCCACUCACAAGGACUGUCAGGUGUUGAGGGAGCAGUGGAUCAGAGCCAAGUACGAGAGGAAGGAGUUCACUGAGCCGGGGAAGAAUUUUACAUAUGAGGAAGGAACCAGAGAUGGAAUAUUGAUGAAGAGGGGGCGGGACAACGGCCAGUUCCUCAGCAGGCGAUUCGUUCUCUCAGAGAGGGAGGGUACUCUGAAGUAUUUUAUCAAGUAUGACGCAAAGGAGCCCAAAGCAGUGAUCAAGGUGGACACCAUCAACGCCACCUUCCAGCCUGAGAAGAUCGGGAACCCCAACGGCCUUCAGAUCACCUACCUGAAAGACUACAGCACCCGGAACAUCUUCGUCUACCACGAAAACGGCAAGGUGAUAGUUGAUUGGUUCAACUCCAUCCGUGCAGUUCAACUUCACUACCUAAAGGUGGCGUUCCCCGGGGCGACAGACGCUGAGCUGGUGCCGAAACUCACCCGUAACUUUCUGAAGGAAGGAUACAUGGAAAAAACUGGACCCAGGCAAACAGAGGGAUUUAAGAAGCGCUGGUUCACCCUGGACCACAGACGACUCAUGUACUUCAAAGACCCGCUGGACGCUUUUGCCAAAGGCGAGGUGUUCCUGGGGAACAAGGACCACGGCUACAGCGUCUACACAGGUUUACCGGCGGGAACCCACUGCAACGGCGCCUGGCAGCACGGCAUCACCAUCGAGACGCCCGAACGCUUCUUCCUGUUCACCUGCGAGACCGAGAGUGACCAGCAGGAGUGGGUGAAACACUUCAGUGAGGUCAUGAACGCCGUCAUGUCUCCACAGGAGUACACAAUGGAGGCCAUGUUCAAGCACAGGCACUGAUGGACCUGAGGCCCGCAGUACCGUGUCCCUCCUCUGGUCCCAGUCCAUCACCAGCAGGAGACGUGACCUGUGUAAAUUCUGACAACUUAAGUGCUCUGUGUGUGUACUGUCAGCCUGCUGUUGGUAAGGUGGAGUACAAAACAAAUAUACCCUCAAAAAAUACUUCAUAACACUACUGGACUUUGUGCUUGCAGUACUACUGCAGUACUACUGCAGUACUACUGAGUCAAACCCACACAACUCAACACUAGGAUCAGGUCUUUACUCAGACUUCCUCUAAAACCAGUGACUACAUUUGACCUUUGGCCCCUUUAAUCUGACGAACCUUUGACCUUUGAGUUACAUGUAGACAUGGUCGUUUGACUGAAAUACUGCUGCUGCCCUUUCACCAGGUACGUACUAACUUAGACCGAUGGUGUGACUGAAAGUCAAAUGACUCUGGCACGUGUACUCUAAAUGUGGCUAAAGCUAAGCCUGGGCUUCGAUCUGCAGGUAUAAGAAGUGUAACGAGAAGCAGCGGUCACGUUGAGGGUCAAAGUUCACCCUUAAUGAACAACAAAAACAAAAAAAAAAACAGGUGCUAAUUUUGUAAAUUAGAAAGAGCAAAGAUUUUUGCAUGAGUCAAGCA